UGUUUUACUGCGCGUCACACUUAGAAUGAUGGCGGUAUAAAUAAGGCUGUUUGCAUCAUAACACGCUAUUGCAGAGUGCAGGAUCUACCUGGUGUACUAGGGCAACGUCCAGCUUCAGUUGACAGAAAGGGCCUACAGUUACAAUGAAGACCAUGCUGUCAACACUAUGCGUUCUGUUGUGCUUUACAGCCAACCUCGCACCAGGAUUUGGACAGAAUUACCCUAUCAAUGCCAAUGCCAACCCAGCCACCCAACAGGGCACCAAUACCGUAUCAGCAGCGCCCACUGCUGUACAAACAAACGCCCAACAGCCUUACGCUGCCCCACCACAGCAGCAGCAGCAGCAACAGCAGCAGCAGCAACAACAACAGCAGCAACAACAACAACAACAAUCUCAACAGGCACCAAAUAUGGCCUAUCCUAAUCAAGUGAAUAAUUUCGGACCGCAGCAGCCGUUUCCAAACCAACAGUUCCAAAUGUCCAACAACCCAUGGCCUCAACAACCACGGCAAAACCAAUGGGGUCCACCACAAAACCGAUGGGGUCAGCCACAAAACCAAUGGGGUCCACCACAAAACCAAUGGGGUCAGCAACAAAACCAGUGGGGUCAGCAGAACCAAUGGGCGCAGCCACAAAACCAGUGGGGUCAACAAGGAAACCAGUGGGGUCAGCAGAACCAAUGGGCCCAGCAGCAGCCAAUGAACAAUUUGGCAAACAUGUUCCUCUUUAAUGGAAAUCUUGAUACAUACAUGGAUUUCCAAAUGAUGAACAUGUUCGGCCUUCCCCCAAAUAUGAUCGAUGUCAACCCAGAAACGAUGUGGAUGAUGAACGGCUUAAAUCCAAACCGACGUAUGGGAAUGGGAAUGGGAAUGGGAUCCGGAAUGGGAAUGGGAAUGGGAAUGGGAUCCGGAAUGGGAAUGGGAAUGGGAAUGGGAUCCGGAAUGGGAUCCGGAAUGGGAAUGGGAAUGGGAAUGGGAUCCGGAAUGGGUAGAUUCAACUCUGGCAAUGGCCAAGGACAAAACAGCUGGAUGACAAAUCCUUUCUUAAUGUCAACAAUAUUGAAUUAGAAAAUAAAAACAUGCAUUGUAAAAUGUAACAAUACGAAUGAAAGGUCACAUUUAAAGACACAACACUAGCAUUCUUCUUUAAGCGAAAUGCUUCAAUAAAGAAUUCUCUACUUGGUUGUACCUUGAAAAUUUUGAAACCAAUGUACAUUUUCACCAAUUAUCAGUAAUGACACCAAGACAAAAUAUUCACCGUGUCAUGACAAAGAAUUGUAACAUCCAUCUUCCACUAGCUCCCUACCGCUACAGUAUAUUACCAUACAUACAAAUAAGCUGUUCAAAUUGAGCUCUAGCGGACGUGUUCAGUAUUGCAUGUUGUGUACCAGAACAUCUUCCUCUCCUCAUCCUAGAAGACAGAGCUAUACCCACAUAUCUUUCCUUCAUUUCUGGUGUAUGGUUAAGUGGGACAAAGAGCCCAUUUCUAAUUUUCGAGACAAAGGGAUUUGCGUCGCUGUUUAUGAUGACUUGUGAAUAAAUCAACAUACGUGGUA